AGUGAAUAAGGCCUGGCGCCAGCGCGAUGACGAUGGAUCGUCUGCGGUUGUUUACCCUAACCGCUACCCACCCUAGUACCUAGAUGCAUUAAGAGAGAGGCAUGGGGUCCCCCCCCCAUAGGCAACCUACUAGGAUAGGCUAUCCUAAGUUCAUAGGACCACAUUAGGAAAGUAUGGUUUUUUUAAAGGGGCAGGCAGAACAACUGAAAUAGUCUUGACGAAACGCCACAUCCUUCCUUCAUCAUGGAUCACAUGUUACCGUCUCCAGGGUUUAGUAUCCCCAGUAUUGGAACCCCAACAAUGACACAUUCUGGGGAAGAGGAAAUGAUAUUACCCUCAGCACAGCAACAGCAGCAGCAACAGUCAGCCCAGCAACACAGCCAACAACAGGCUCAACAGCAAGCAGCACAACAAGGAGAGCAGAUGAAUCAACAACAGUCAUUUGGCAGUGGCUUUACACCUCACAGUUUGAUGCAACCUCAUACACCGACUAUGUCACCUGCAGUGGGUGGCGGUUCCCAGGUAGGGGCUGGUAUGUUUGGUUCAGCAACUGGUCCCUCUACUCCUCUAGGUGGACCUAUGACUCCCAUGACUCCUCACUCCUCUGAUCCCAGUAUUAUCCCUCAGCUUCAAAAUAUUGUAUCAACAGUGAAUCUAAGUUGCAGAUUAGACCUCAAGAAAAUUGCUCUUCAUGCUCGUAAUGCAGAAUACAACCCUAAACGAUUUGCCGCUGUAAUCAUGAGAAUUAGAGACCCACGAACAACUGCACUUAUUUUCUCAUCUGGAAAGAUGGUUUGCACAGGUGCUAAAAGUGAAGAGGAUUCCAGAUUAGCAGCAAGAAAGUAUGCAAGAAUUGUACAAAAACUGGGUUUUCCGGCAAAAUUCUUGGAGUUCAAAAUUCAGAACAUGGUUGGCAGCUGUGAUGUGAGAUUUCCUAUUAGACUGGAGGGUCUCGUCCUGACACACAGUCAGUUCAGCAGCUACGAACCUGAACUUUUUCCUGGUCUGAUCUACCGUAUGGUGAAACCACGUAUUGUCUUACUGAUAUUCGUCUCAGGGAAGGUUGUAUUAACUGGUGCAAAAGUGAGAGAUCAGAUUUACGAGGCCUUUGAAAAUAUUUAUCCAAUAUUGAAAAGCUUUAAGAAGCAGUAACAAUUUUAUUUUACUUAGAAAGACUAAGU